UUCUAAGGGGGAACAGAUGUGCUAGACUGCAAGUGUAACUUGUUGAAGCAGCUUGACUUGUUGCGUUGGCAAGUUUGUAGCCGUUGUACAAUUUCUGAUCCGUUUUAGUGUAACAGGGAACAUAAUAACCACAGCAGAAAACUGCUUAUUUAAAAUAAACCCAACCAGCGUGGUAAAAUUAUAGGAACAAAAAGAGCAAGUAGUUGAGAGUAAAAGCAGGCGGGAUGAAAUUGUUUGUGUUUCUGCUGCUGUGCUUCUGGAAGCUUGAUGAGUUGGUGGAAGCCUGUACGUGUGUACCCACACAUCCACAGGAUGCCUUUUGCAAUUCAGACAUAGUGAUUCGAGCAAAGGUAGUGGGUAAAAAGUUGAUGAAAGAUGGCCCUUUUGGAACAAUGCGCUACACAGUCAAACAGAUGAAGAUGUAUAAAGGAUUUAAUAAAGUUCCACAUGUUCAUUAUAUCUACACAGAAGCAGCUGAGUCCCUCUGUGGAGUCAGACUAGAAGUGAACAAAUAUCAGUACUUGAUCACAGGAAGGGUGCAUGGUGCGAAAGUUUACACCGGCCUCUGUAACUUCAUUGAGAAGUGGGAUCGUCUGACCCCAUCUCAGCGUAAAGGAUUGAAUCAUCGGUACCAGCUUGGUUGUAACUGCAGGAUAAAGCCUUGCUACUAUUUGCCCUGCUUUGUGACCUCAAAAAGUGAAUGUCUCUGGACAGACAUGCUGUCUAACUUUGGCUACCCUGGUUACCAGUCAAAGCAGUAUGCAUGCAUCCAGCAGAAGGAAGGUUACUGCAGCUGGUACAGAGGCUGGACAUCUCCCGAUAAAACUACCAUCAAUGCAACUGAUCCUUAAAUUCCAUUUCUACAGGCAACACUAUGUGGGACAAUAUGCCUUUGGUGAUAGGCAGUAAAGUAGUGCCUGUUUUCUUACAGAGUUAGCACUUGGAAAACUAAAAUCUGUACCAUCUUGUUGAUUUUUUUUUUGUUAUAUUUUGCCACUUUUGACCAUCACCCAUUUAUGUGUCAAGCUGUAACUUAUCCAGUGUAAUGUUGUCUAAUUGUCUUUUGUGUUUUAUUAAAUAUUAGAGCUUUAUAAUUUAUAUUUUAUAAAUAAUCUACUUGGUCAUGGUUUAUAUUUUUCUGACCUAAUAUGUGGAGAAGGAAGAGGUGACAAACCUGUUUCUGCAAUUCUGUUAAUAUGCAAGACCCCCAGAUGAAGUGUUCUAACAAUUGUGCUGAAUUUAAAUAGAACAUCGUCUGUAUAUGUGCUGUGCUCCAAACUCCACUUGAUAAGACUACAGAAGUCGAAAUAUCGUCUGCACAAUUUUACACUCUUGGUGCGUGAAACUUGUUUGGAGGUUUAUUUCUUAACCACAUACUGAGUCUUGGCACAAAAUGAGCAGCAGUUUCACUGUUGUGUUAGCAUGUUCUGGCUUAAGGCUUUAUAAAUUUGUAUAAUAAAAGUAUUGCAGCAAUGUAUUGGUCACCAAUAAGCAUCCACCAUGCAAUUUUUGGUAAGGCUGCAUAUAAUGUUUAAAAAAGACGAAACAUUUAUGUAGCCUAAAUAAAUCUGGAUUUGUAGGAGUCGCUAAAAUGAGCAGAGGCACACAGUACUUUUGCAGUCUUGUCAUUUCUGAUCGAUUUCACAAGACUGAGGUUGUGUAUGGCAUAAGCUAUAGUUAACAGGACAUGGAGUAGUGUUUCUUUUUGCAGCAUCUUUCAUAAUGCUAUUAGAAUUUUCUAGUUAUUUUCUGAACAUGUUGCCAUUUGUUCUUACCUGCAUCAUUCAUAAACCGGCACGCUUCAUGGCUGUUUACUGUAAGAUGCAAAUAUUUGAAAUGCAGAGAAUUGUUGUUGCAUUUCAGAUUGUUGGGAGAAUAUACACUGUAACACGUCUCUGUAAGGUUAAUUUGCAAUGCUGAAGUUGGAAUGUUGAUUUCUGCAUUUUAAAGUUUUUUUAUAGUUCUGUAUCAGUGUUAUUCUGUUGCUCUGUGGUACAUAUUUCAUGUCCUGUGUAGAAGGUGGGCAUUUAGCUCAACUUUGCUGUCAACUGGAGGAUUUUGUGAUAAUUAGAAGUUUUAUUUUUUUAAGUAUUAAGAGUUUUAGAGAUUUCUGGCCAAAUUGGUGGCAAUGUAUUAAUAAUUCAGUUAUUUUGCAUGGUGACAUGCAGCUUUUUUGUCUCUUUCCUUAUUUAUCUUACUUUUCUAUAUCUGAAGCUUCAUUCUGUGUAGGGAGUAGCAGUGUUAUUGAAAUCUGCCACAGUGAUCAUCUAAAAAUGCAUUUUAUAUAUUUUAAUAUCUACAUAUGCACAAUAUUGUAAAUACCGUUUUACAGACGGGCAUUUUUAUGCUGUAGGUUUAUGAUAUCCAUAUCAUUGCAAUGUACUGCAUUCAUUGGUCUGUAACACACAAUGAAACUGAACUGUUAACACGCAUAGAACAUAGUUGCUUUUACUUAGCUGUUAACACUUGCUGAUUGGUUGAGUGUGGAUUGCAUUUAAGUGAGUGAGCUGGGUAACGCAGCCAUAAGUUUUACAGUGCACAUUAUUUUAUUAAUAAAUGGCUACUCGUGUACCUGAAGCCAGUCCUACGUUGUGUAGGAAAUGCUCAUGAUUACUUUUUCAAUACGAGUGAUAGCCUUUUAUUCAUUUUAGCAUUGAUGCAUUUUGCUUAAAAAUAGGCUGUGCUGGGUGUGUCAGAAUUUUUAUGAUUUUGAUCAAGAUUGCAGUCUGAGAAUUUCAUUUGAUAAAAUUAAAAAUCUUAGUUCUUGGGAACUGUA